CUCGGACUAUCAAACGUGCGGUGACCUGUUGCCACGGACUCAGCUCUCGUGAGAAGAGUUCAUCUGCAUGCAUCCAUCACAGCACGAGAUCCCGGCCAAGCUAGCGACAGUAUACCGGCCUGCUGACCCCAUGACUGCGCGACAAGGGCAGUCCUGGACCCAACCAAACAUGUACGCGGUAUUGUCCCGUGUCCGCAGAGAGCUGAUUCGUCUGCGUGGCUCUCCACAUUAGACGUGCAUACGACACCACCAUCUGCACACUAAGCGUGCAACCACAUCUCUUCUGCAACCCGUCAAACUCGCCAAGGCUGUCUCGGAGGCGGGCCACGAGCUACUGCGACUUUUCAGGAUGGCCUCGUUCUCGUCGCACAUCAAGCAGGUGCACCGCAACAAUGUCGCUGUGCUCCGGCGCUCUCCGACCUUGGAGAUUGCGGGGGCCCUCGGCGAUUUGGGAACUCUGCUACCCCUCAUGAUCGUGCUUGCGGUCAAUGGCUCAAUCUCACUGUCGACGACCUUGGUAUUUUCAGGCAUUUUCAAUCUGGCCACCGGGGUCAUUUUCGGUGUCCCGUUACCAGUCCAGCCCAUGAAGGCUAUUGCUGCUGCUGCCAUUGCGUCUCACGCAUCGCAACGCGAGACUCUCGCAGCAGGUAGUGUCACGGCGACAGUCGUGUUGCUUCUGAGCAUCACCGGGCUUCUGCAUUGGGUAACGCGUAUUAUUCCUGUGCCAGUCAUCAAAGGCAUCCAGCUUGGUGCCGGGUUGUCGCUCAUCAUAGCGGCGGGAGCGUCGUUACUACGCCCCCUCUCGUGGCUAUAUCCCUUUGACAACCGCAUUUGGGCGAUUGCUGCAUUUCUUGGCUUACUCACAAGCCUCCGACAACCGAGAAUCCCGUACGCAUUGGUAGUCUUUGUUAGCGGGCUGAUUCUUGCCAUCCUCCAGGUGGUGGCCUCUGAUAAUAGCGACUCGUCGAAUCGACGACUGCCAUCGUUUCGCGUUUGGGAACCAUACUUUGUACUCCCUUCAUGGACGGCUGAUGCCGUUGGCAUGGGCAUUGCGCAACUCCCGCUCACCACUUUGAACUCGGUCGUGGCGGUGAAUGCGCUUGCGUCAGAUCUCAUGCCCGAUCUUCCCACGCCCAGCGUUACAGCUCUCGGCACAAGUGUCGGCAUCAUGAACGUCAUGGGUUGCUGGUUCGGAGCAAUGCCCGUGUGCCACGGUGCAGGCGGCCUGGCAGCGCAAUUCCGCUUCGGCGCGAGAAGUGGUGCCAGUAUCAUACUGCUUGGUGCGUUCAAGCUCGUUCUUGGGCUCUUCCUUGGCGAGACCUUGUUGGACCUUCUUCACGCCUUUCCAGCAAGUCUCCUCGGGAUCAUGGUUAUAGCUGCUGGUCUAGAGCUUGCGAAGGUCGGCCAAAGCCUGAAUCACGGCGCCCCUGACCUCUGGGAGUCGUCAGCAGGACAGAAGAAGCACCGGGACAUUACAGAUGGCCAACGGGAAGAACGCUGGACAGUCAUGAUGACAACCACCGCCGGUAUCCUCGCGUUCAAGAACGAUGCGAUAGGCUUCGCAGCCGGAUUGUUGUGCCAUGCAGCAUAUCGUCGUUGGGGCAGGCCGAGGCAGAAUCGAUUCCAGGAUCCCUCGGACGAGGGGUCACCAUUGAUAAGAGCUUGAAGGAUCUAGGCGAGUCAUGAGCUU